AUGUCGACUUCGCUAACCCAAUCUCGCUCUGAAAUCAUUGAUCGUCUUGCCCCAAAGCUCAUUGUUCCCCGAUGCCCAAAUGGAAACCGCCACUAUCCAAAUCUCUACAAAGGUUCGCCUAGUCAGGCUGAAAUGAUUGGGCGGCGUUCUUAUUAUUGCAAACCAACCAAUGGCCCCCAGUGUGUCGCUACAAAGUCGACUCUCACCCCUGAACUUCCAGACUCCUUGAAGUCAAAAAUCAGGGAGGAGGUACAAGUCCUUAGUCAAGCAGCCACUAUUCAGAAGGGGAAGGCCAUCAAGACCAAUGUCGUGAACUCUGUAGAGUCAGGAACCUCCACCAAAAGGAAGACCACCCGAAGAUCUGAACUCGGAAUGUCCGAUGGGUCCUUUCCCACAGUGAUGAAGUUUAUGCCUGAUACAAUUCCAAUCUAUGUUUAUGCUCUUAGGAAUGAAGAACCGUUUUGCCAUCAAGGGCAGGUCGACUAUGGAGCAUAUUCUUUUCUUUCAGAUGACGCUCUCUGUGACAUCACGCGCUUCCCGGUCACUUCAUGCAGCAUAUACGAUUCUUACAAGGCGGACUUCAUUCCAAUUUCGACAUUCAGCUCCCAGCGCAUCGAAGACCACAACUACCUCAUAGUCCGCUUCACAUCUUACACCGACGACGAGUGCCCUGGAGUUUAUGAACUCAUUCGUGGGAUCAGAGGUGCCGAGGAUAGUGGGUCUGUCUCUGGACCAACCAAGGUAUCUAACAAGCGGCAAUUUGAGGACAAGUCAGAUGUGGGCCCAUCGAAGAGGAAGAAAGGUCUUGAUACAGAGAUUAUUGAUCUUACUCUUGAUUACUAG